GGAGCCUGUAUAUUUGACUGACAGCUCUGAUGUCCAAUCACAUCUCAUUUCUGCAUUUGUCCCGCCCACUUUGAGAGAAGAGGAAUACUACCAUGUCUUCUUAAGCUACAGCAGCACUGACUACAGAUGGACCCAUGCACUGGUGGACAGACUGGAGGCUGCUGGGCUGCAGUCGCUGGUGCCUUCUGGAAGCCAACAUGUCUCUGUUCAGAGACUGCCUGGAGAGGAAGCCCAUCAUCCCUGUUCUCCUGGAGCCAGAGGUGUGUGUCCCUCUGCACCUGUGUCACCUCACCUACCUCGAGGCCGACCACCCCGACUUCAUCAACAAGCUGCUGCACGUGCUCUGCACCCCCAACAGGGAGCUCCGGGGGGCGUCUGUGGUGCCGUACCAGCCUCCUUCAGUCUACAACGGUAAAGCGCUCCAGUCACUCACCGCCGCCAACGAGGAGAGCCUGAGGUCUUGGGACGCCGGCGUGUUUAGUGACAUGGACAUCCCCGACCAGCUCCGCCUCAUCGUGCACAAUGAAGACACCUACAGGCAGGCCAUCGCCAUCAUCAACAAAGUCUCACAAACCAAACUCUGUCUCUGGAGACGGGAUGACGAUCGGAACAUAGUGAGGGAGAUGCAGAAAGCUGUAGGCCAAGCAAAUGUUCUCAUGUCAAAGGAGAAGGUCUUGAUGGGUUGUCGGUCUAAUUCCAAGAUCUACCUGGUGUAUGUUUCUCUGGACGGAUGCAGACAGGUGUUUGAGGAGACUUUUUCAGAGAGGGCCUGCUCUGAAGACAUGUUUAACCGAGCACUCUUGUUCUUCUCUUCGGGCUACACAUGUUGUCUCGCUAAAAAACACUUCCCCUUCGACACACCGGUCUCUAGUGGCCACCUGCCCAGAACUGUGUGCUUCUGUCAGUAUGUCCGUCACCAACUGGACAAAGGACAGUGGCUGGACCAGUGA